AUGAUACACGACAAAACGUUUAUUAUUUGGGACGGAACCAACUCCACAAACACAACCUUUAAAAUACUUCAGGGACUUCAACAGGGAACUGUCAACUCUCCCACCCUCUUUUCAAUUUAUUUUAGCACCCUACUCAGUUCGUUCGAUUUAAAUAAAGGUGAUGAGAAUAAAGAAAUUGAAAAGAUCUUGGAAACACCUGACCAACAGAUCUACAUCACGAACCACAACUCAGUUUGCCUACCACCCCAAGCUACUUAUUUUAUCUACUUUGACAAAAAAGGCAUCAUACAAGACAGCAACAACGUACCAACAAUAUAUCAUUGGGGCAGAAAUGUAGCAAACAAAAGAAUUAAUUUGACAUCUGAUAUGAUUGCCAACAAUAAAUAUCAUCCAGUUUAUUCAAUGGCCUUACCAGAACGAGAUAAAAUGGACUUCUACAGUCUUGAUGAAAGAUACUGGUGGCUAGAGGACUCCUGCCAUCGUAUAAAAUUAAAAUUAAGAAAGCUCAACGGCUGGUCAGCGACGUGGUGA